UCCGUUCACUCAAAAUUUGGUCCCUCUGGAAUUGCUUGAAUAUGAAACGUCGAAGUUACGGUCAGCAAAUGUUAAGCAGCCAUCUUGAACGAUCAUUUCACCAUCAAACAAUCGAAAAAUCGUAGAAACUUCAACCUAAUUAUCUAUUUCUGUACUAAAUUUUUGGACACAACGAAUAUAACAUGAAACGAAAAUUACGGAAACCUGAAAAUUCUUAGUUUCUUGAAAAGCUUUUCGAUAAGGAAAAUCGAAUAGGAAAACCGUAAAAAAAAAAAAAUAGAAAAAAUGUCCUACUAUCGCACGUGCCAAUGCGGCUGCACGGACCCACCGGAAAUGACAGGGGGUGACCCACCGCACGAGGGAUCCUGUGGGUGCAGUUAUAACCCCUUUGCCGACGUGGGGCGUGACACCGAGAUAACAGAUUUAUCUUACGCUCUGAGAAAACUGACCUCGAUGAAGUGUCAAAUGAAAAAGUGGCGCAUAGAACGUCUCCAGUUGGAGAGCGAAGCGAGAGCUUUGAAGCAGGUUUUGCAGGAGCACGGGCUCAACUCCGAUAUGGUGAAACCGGAUCCGCUCAUGGUUCAUCUGCGAGAGGAGAACGGUCGCUUGGAAAACGAGAAUGCGGAGCUUCGGGACAAGGUGAAAACCCUUGCCGACACAAUCUCGGAAUACGAGUACAACGACUCGCCUUGCGAGGCGGUGAAAAAGGUGCGAAUUAAAAUGAAGAUCUUGAAGGAGGAACACGCGGUGGAAAAAAAUCGAUUGCGGGAGAUCAUUUCGGAGCUUAAAAUCCGUUUGCAAGAGGCUGAGGGUGACUCCUCGUGCGCAGCGAUGAAUCGUUUACGAGCGAAGCUCAGGGAGCUGAUGAAGGGUGGCAAGGUAGCCGACGAGCGGGUAUCUAUGGUCGUCCAGAGAUCCAUAGAGACGCUGGUCGAGCUAACGGAUAACGUGGACGAGCUGAAAGCUGAGAUAGAGCGUUUAAAAGCGGAGAUAAGGAGGCUGAAGGAUCUUCUGAAGGAAUGCGAAGACCGACGUUUGACUUCGUCGACGGUCGCCGUCGAGACAGUACCCAUCGAUUUGAAACCGGCCGAGAAACCGUUAGCCGAAAUGGACGUGUCCGACCUCUUGCAAAGAAUAAAGGAUCUCGAAGCGUUGAUUGCCAUGCUGAGAAAACAACUCGUCGACAAGGACGCGGUCAUCAACGAUCUGCAAAAUCAGUCGUUCGAUCUCGCUACCGAGAACAAACGUCUUUCCGUAGAUCUCGACCAGAUGAACGUCAGCUACAAAGCACUGAUGGACGAAGUUAAAGCCAUGAAGGAGGAGCUCAAAAAAAGAGAUGACAAGGUAUCCGAUCUCUUGCGGAGCUUGCAAGCCUCAGCCAUCGAGUUGCUUGGAAUGAACAGGCUACAGAGUGAAAUGGACACUCUAAAACCACAGUUGUAUAGCCUCGAAUUGGAGCGGGACCAGCUGGUUUCGGAGCUCGGCAAAGUACGGGGUGUCCUGUCUGAGAGGAAUGAUCAGAUAAUUAAAAUAUUGGAAGAGAAAGACAAACACGUAAAAGCUCUUGCGAGAACGUCGAAUAUUAUACAGUCGACGGUGGAGCCUUUGAUGGAGCAAGAGGCUGCCCUGAAGAGAGAGAUCGAUGGACUCAAGGAUCGAAUAGCUGAACUGGAAAGGGAGCUUGCCGAACUAAGAAAAAAGCUCGCGCAGUUGGAAUCAGAGAAUGCCGAGAUACCGGGACUCCUCGAGAAGAUCAAGAACCUCGAAGACGAACUGGCCAGACUCAGAGCCCAGCUGGCUGAAGCGAACGAUAGAAUACGAGAGUUGGAAAAAGAAAUAGCAGAAUUGAAGGCUGAUAAAGCGCAGUUGGAAAAAGACCUCGCCGAGGCUAGAAAGGAGAUGGAGAAAAUGAGGGAAGAACUCGCGGCGGAGAGAGCAGCGAAAGAGGCGGCGCUGAAAGAGUUGGGAAAUUGUAGGGCGGAAAAUGAACGAUUGAACGAAGAGCUGAACGCGGCUAAGGCAGAGGCUGAUAAUCUUCGCGGUGAAAUUGAAAGACUGAAAAACGCCUUGGAUGCGGCGAAGGGUGAAGCUGACAAGCUCAGGAGUGAUAUGGAAAAAAUGAAAAAUGACAUUGACAAAUUGAGAGCUGAAAACGAUCAGCUGAAAAAUCAGCUGGCGGGACUGACCGCGGAGAACGAGCGACUCAGAGGUGAAAUAGACGCGCUGAAGGACGAGAGAGACAAGCUACGAAAUGAGAUCAAUGCCCUCAAAGCGGAGAACGAUAAAUUGCAGGCAGAAGUCAACAAGCUGAAAGCUGAAGUUGAAAGACUCGAGGCUGAAAACGGAAGACUCAAAGCGGAGUUUCAGAAACUCAAAAAUGACUACGAUGCCCUGAAAUCGGAGAAUGACGAUCUGAAGAAGAGUCUGGCCGACGCCGAAGGAAGGAUAAAAUCUCUGGAAGCUGAAAAAGCUGAUCUAUUGAACAAAAUUGCGGAGUUGAAGAAUCAGAUCGAUCGGCUUCAGGGUGAACUCGCUGCAGAAAAAGCCGCAAAAGAUGCAGCGUUGCAAGAGCUAGCAGCUAUCAAAUCCGAGCUCAAAGCUCUGUUGGCAGAAAUGGAUAAGUUGAAAGCAGAGCGUGAUAAACUCAAAGCUGCAGUUGACGAUCUCACCAACAAACUUUCUCAGCUGAAUAACGAUCUGGACCAGCUGAAAUCGAAGUAUGCCGCAUUGUUGGCGGAAAAUGACAAGCUGAAAGGAGAGGUCGAUCGGUUGAAGGGGGAGAAUGACAGACUCAAAAAUGACCUGGACAAAAUCAAAGCAGAGCUUGAUAACUUGAAAGCAGAAAACGCCAAGCUCAAAGAAGAGAACGCGAAGUUGAAAAAAGACCUCAGCGACGCUGAAUCUAAGAUAAAGGGCCUUGAAAAUCAAAUCAAGGCUUGCGAAGAAGAGAAAGCCAGAUUAAGGGAAGAAAUCGAUGCCCUUAAAGAUCAAGUUGACAAGCUUGGCAAAGAGCUAGCGGCAGAGAGGGCUGCGAAAGAAGCAGCUCUGCGGGAGCUGGAUGCCCUGAAAAAUGAGUUAUCCGCAUUGAGAGCAGAGUUGGAUAAAGUACGGGGGGAAAAUACACGGCUAAAGGGUGAACUGGACAAACUGAAGGCUGAGAACGAGGCUCUCAAAGCUGAGAACAAUAAAAUGAAAGGCGAGCUCGAUCGGCUGAACGCUCAAGUCGCGAAACUAUUGGGCGACAUCGAUGCUCUGAAAGCAGAAAAUGCAAAGCUCAAAGGAGAUUUGGACAAACUGAAUGAUGAGAUUAAGGCCUUGCGAGCUGAGAACGACAAACUUAAGAGCGAGCUCGAUCAGAUGAAGGCCGAGAAUGCGGAACUGAAAGAUCAGCUGGCCAGCGCGCAAGCGGAAAUGGCGAAGUUGAAAGAAGAGCUGGAUAAGCUGAAAUCCGAGAACGAUGCGCUUCGAGGUGAGCUUUCAAAAAUGAAAGGAGAGUUGGACAAGUUAAAUGCGGAGAUCGCAAAACUUCAAAGAGAUCUCGACGCUCUCAAAGCGGAGAACGCGAAGCUCAAAGACGAACUCGACAAACUUUCUGCUGAGAACCAAGAACUGAGAUCUGAGAAUGCUAAACUCAAAGGAGAGUUGGACAGCCUGAAAUCCGAGAACGAAAAGCUGAAGAAAGAUCUUGCUGCGGCGAUGGCGGAAGUCGCCAAACUCAAAGAAGAUCUCGAUAAAUUGCAGGCUGAAAACGACGCGCUCAAAGCUGAGAAUGCUAAAAUAAAGAGUGAACUCGACAAGCUCAAAUCCGAGAAUGCGGAGCUCCAAAAAGCACUCGAUUCUCUGAAGGCUGAGAAUGCUAGACUGAAAUCGGAAGUCGAUGAUCUUAAAAAAGACAACGAAAAGCUGAAAAACGAUCUCCAGAAAGCGAUUGCAGAAAUGGACAAACUGAAAGCGGAAUCUAGUGGCUCAAGGCGACCGAGUAAAGCGACCCCGAGGAGUCAGGAUCCCUCUAAGCCAAGUCCUGAGGCUUCAACGGACGCUGUCCCUCUUGCUGAAAUUGAGCGGCUCAGCCCGGUUCCGAAAACUGAGAAGAGGGUCAGACGUGUCAGUUCGGUUGUAAAAAAGGAUCAAGGAUCGCAAGGGGCGGGUUGCGGUGAUUACGAGAAUGCAAACGAACAGCUGAGGAAGAAUAUGAAUAUGCAGGACAGAGCUGUGCAACGAAUACGAAAUUUCGUCAAAUACAUACUCGGCGAGAGACCGUCACCCCCGGAAAUGGCUCAGGAACUGAAUCAUCGGAUGUCAUCUGUGAUGAGAAAUAAAUUCGCCGAAGAUCUGAUGGAAUUACUCAGGGAGUCACAGUUCUUAUCGGAAAGUAUAUUCAACGCUGAAACCGACGUUCAAGGACUGAUGAAACUUCUGGACGAGAUCAACAGGCUCAGAGAUGAAAAUACGGCGCUGAAAAAUCAAGCUGACGACACUCGCGACAUCAACAGUUCCGGCGACGUCUUCGACGCGGAGUCCUGGCUCAGAUCGUUGACGUUGACGGAAUUGGCGGAGCUUCACGACAGGAUUUGUUUAGUGACGUCGUGCAUAGUGCAGCAAGACAUAAAUCCGGAAGAUUACGUAGACGGUACCGUGGAAGUCGACGGUGUCUGUCGUCCCUGCGUAAAAAUAUCCGAAGAUCCAGUCGACGAGUACGAGGCGUUGAACCGAAGAAUAGCGGCUCUCCAGCGUCAGAUAAAUGAGAAGCAAAAUGAAGCGGCUAAAAAAGUGCAGGAAAUGCGGGAAGUCAUGUGGCGAGAACAGGAGAACUUGAUCCGGUUGUCGGACGAGAUGAACGCCCAAAAACGUAGACAUUUGUCGAUGCAAUUGAAAAUUAGCGCGAAUAGUUGCGCCGGUAAGCUCGACCCUUGGGCAAUGGCGGAGAGACUCGACGCCCUGAAUGACCAAAGACUCGGCCUCGAUUUCAAGACCUAUUCGGAGAUCACUCGCGAAGAAGAUAUUUGCGACGAUAACAACUGCCCGGAGAUGAGAUGGGAUUCCUCGCCGAAGUCGGACCUCGUCAACGAUCGGGAAGCUGAAGAGAAAAAAGACGAAGAAAAAGAGGCUUCGGUACUUACGAUGUUCAAGGGAAUCGGUACGGUGACUCGUGAAGUCGAAUAUCCGUUCGACAAUUCUACCUGCGUAAAAUCUUUGAUGAAAAAUCGUAGGACGAACGCUCCUGCGCCUUGUUCACUUCCCGUGAAACAUGCGGACGUUCCAUGCUGUCGAAAUCCUUGUUGUCCAUCGUUUGUGAAUCAGAACGUUCUUUUUUCGAAUAAAAAUGCUGCGUCAUCGUUCAAAAAUGACAACGACGUCGACGAUAACGCCGAGAUGGAGGUGGCGGUUUUGUGUAAAGGUGUACGCGAUCGUAGUUGAUUCAAAAAAUCGAAAAACUAUAAAACAAAAAAAAAAAGAAAGAAAUGAGUCAGAUGUAACCGGUAAUCGCUUAAUUGUAUACGCAACCAAAGACACGUGAUAAAAUAUAGACAAAUCCCAAUAAUUUCCAGUUACUUUUACAUCUAUGUAUAGUUUUAAAAUCCCGCAUUUGUUAUAAUUUCAUUAUAAAUGUACGCGACGGUAUCCCGGAGUUUUUUCGUCGUUCGGUAUUCCGGGGGAAAGGGAUUAAUUUUGAACGUGGUAAGCACGUUAUUCCGGCCACUGCGUUUUACUGGGGAGGAUAUUGUAUCGGACAUAAAGAAUGACCAACGAAGUGGUGAUGGCGUUGCGCUUCCUCUUUCUCCCCGUCCCUUUUAUUUUAUUUGAUAUUCAUUCGUUUCGUUUGAUUUUUAUUUUCUUUUUCAAAUUUUUUCGUUGUCACAUUAUUUUGAUCCGACGACAACCGGGCGUGUAACGCGCGCGGUUGAACCUCGUUACACGUCGUGUGAAAAGUGUUGGGAAAGUAAAAAAUACGAAUUAACUUGGACGAAUUAAAAUAAAAGGAGCGGAUCGAGCCGUGGGAGCAAUUUCGUGGCUUGGCUCGUUACAACGCCACCAAUUGAAGAUAAAAAAUUUUUGUAUGCAAAAAAUGAAUCACGCGAUUCGAAUAAUGGGUUUCACGGUGCACCGUCCGUCGGGAUAAUUAAUGGGUACACGUUACACAUAACACGUAAUCGCUCAAUUGACCGUUGGACAAAAUAAUUAGCCUGAACCGUCGUAAUCAGUUUCUCAUUCCACAACGCGGAUCUAUGAAAGCUUUAUUAUUUGAAUUAAUCUCCUUUUUGUUUGCAAGGAAAUUAUUCGAGAUACCCGUUCCCAUUUAUUGACAUUUUUGCUGAAUAAUUUCGGGUAGUAUUAUAGCGUUCAAUAAUCGAGCAUUAUUGGUAUUGGCUGCGCCGCGUUUCGCUGUAUUUUGUACCGACAUAAAGCCUCGUGUUAAGCGAACGAGGGAAUGGAUUGCGAGCGAGUGCAACCUGUUAUCCCUUUCAUCCCUAUACUGCAUGCGAAAGUGCUAUUUUCAGCUUUUGAUUUACCAGCUGUAAACUGCAAAGCCCAAUCGCUAGCUUUACGCCGUAAAACCAGCUAAACAAAUUUCCAAAACUUUUUGUCAACUUUUAUUCUUUCAAUAUAGGUUUAGAAAAAUCGACGAAUAAAUGAAUCGCCAAAUUGCCAAUUAUUUUAUUCUCGCCCGUAGAAAGGGAGCGCGUCAUUACCCGUUAUAAAGGGCACUCGAUGAUAUCUGAGGGAAAGGUUGUACAUCUGGUGGAUUUAUUAGUUGUGCUUCUGCGAUCGAGCAAUUAAUUUUACGUCAAUUACACAAAAAUUUCGUAAUCAAUGAAUCACAGACAGAUGCCUCGUAAAAAAAAACCUGUACAGAUAUGUUUACGAAAAAAAAGAAUAAAUAAAUAAAACGAAAUAAUCGAUUCAAAGAAAUUGAAUUGAAUCAGAAAAAUGAGAACAACUCUACGAUAUCUCGUCAUAUGAGAGAUUUAUUAUCAUCAAACUCUCGGGGAAUUUCUAUUAGAUGCAAAACUUUAAUAAACUGUCAAAACUUUGUCUACCUUUUUUUUAUUCUUCACCUUUAGCUGGGUCAAGCGUUACACUUACUUCGGUGGUUAGACAAUUGUUGUUCUCGCGUGUCGCGCGACAUUUAACGUGUAUUACAGUGGUAUUAAUUAAGUGCUUUAUAAUUCAUAAUGACGCAUUUCUCGUCCGGUGUACGAAAUUAAUUUCAUAUAAUUACACCGAGCUAAGCCGGGGAAUUUUAUUUAACUCUACGACCGUUCAACGUGCGUAUCCGACGUACUUUUCCAGCACUCGAGAUUGGACCGUUCAAAUUUCGGGAGAUGAAAAAAGCCAGAAAUUAAAAUAAAAGAAAUCGUCGAGAGUUCUCGAACGUGAAUGUAUGCACACGAGGGAUAUGGAGGGAUACAGAGACACCGAGAUAGGGGAGGGAGGAAUUUCAUCGGUGGAUUCCUCUCGUGGGUUCGAUUUUCGAUAUUUCCGUAGUCGGUGACACGGUUUAAUCCGGAGGUAUUACAUGCACACAUCGGUUAUAUAGAGGGAAUAAUCCAAAGUAGUCACGUCAUUCCGUGCGACAGGUAAAUAGAGAAAACACACAGAUAUGCA